UCACACUUUCUCAGGCCGUAAGGUUUAUUUCGUUUUCUUUUGUUGGAUAUGAUAUGUACUCAUAGACGAAGCAGCUGCAGAAUAUCUUUUGAACUAUUGUAAGCAAUGUAACCGCUGUCGGCGAUUGUUCGUCGAUAAAGGAAGAUAUUUGAAUGUAAAUUAGAUGUGACAGGAAUUAACACAACGUCUAUUUAAACGAUGCUGCGUCCGUUGUCAGCUUGGUUUAUUUUACUUCUGAGGAUUACUAACGCCAAGUCAGGGGCGCCACCAGUCAUAACUGAUUUUCCAUCAAGGGAUUUGAUUAAGCCUGAAGAUGUUCGAUCAGACUCUGGAUUUCGUUUUCCAUGCAAAGCAGUUGGAUCCUUUCCUUUUAAGCACAAAUGGAAACUGAACGGACAGGAAAUUUCGAUUGAUCAUCACUUUAACAUCAUGAAGGACGGGACUCUUACGGGAAGAUAUCUGGAUGAUACUCACAGCGGAAUUUACCAGUGCAUCGUGAAAAACAGAUUCGGUGAGGAUUUCAGCAGAAAGUUGAAAGUUCGUGUUACAGUCGCCGGCCAAUUUCACUACGAUAACGACAAGAACGCCCCUGUCACCCUUGGAAAACCUAUUGAAAUUCCUUGUCCAAACCACGACCCUAGUUUUGGUGUAAGCUACCGCUGGGUUUUUUAUGACUCUUCCGACCCCAGCGCGUUCUAUCCUCUUCCUGAGGACAACCGUACAGCGGUGACGAUGGAUGGAACACUUGUGAUUAUGUUUGUGACGAAAGCAGACGUUAAGAAAGUGAAUGGCAUAAAUGGAGUAGCUUGCGAGAUGUCCACGAGCGACGAAGAAAGAUACUCACAUGUGGUGAAAUUUCAACUUACUGGAAAAGAAUCAACCGAAAAGAUUUCACCAGUUAUUUAUUUUGCACCGAAGCCCCUUGAAGAAGCCAGAGAAGGAUAUCCGAAGAAACUUUAUUGUUUGGCUGUAGCAAAGCCACCACCCAAAAUCAUAUGGUGGAAAGAUGGCAAAAAGAUUUACGACGACGACAAUGAGUAUCAUCUUCCGAGAGAACAUUUCAACAGGCUUUUGUUCAUCAACGAAGUUUCUAAGGAACAUCAGGGGAAUUAUACAUGUACAGCGGUUUCCGCGUCUGAGAUGGAGCGUGUGUCGGCCUCCACCUUCCUCACAGUGAAAGCCUCUCCCGAAUGGAAAGUCAGAUUUCAUCGGAAAAUCCAAGUACAGAGAUCAAAAAACUUAUCCGUGAUGUUGAUCGCAGAUGGUGUCCCAAGUCCUAGCUAUCGAUGGUUCAGAAAUGGACAAGAAAUUAACGCUUCAGACUCUCGGGUGAAAAUAGAGAAGAACAAAUUACAUCUCAUUCACGUGGAGAGCUGGCACAACGCUGUGUUUCAGUGUGUUGCAGAGAAUGAUCAAGGAAUGAAUGUGUCGUCUGUUUGGGUUGAAGUUGAGGACCCGCCAACCAGCCUUGCCCCAAGUUCAAGACGCAGAUUCUUCUCAGAUAAUGCAUUGUGGAUCAUUUUAACUGCUGCCCUAGGAGUACUUUUAAUUGUGGCAAUUAUUAUUAUCAUAAUUUUUUAUAAACGAAGAAAAGCGAGAGGAAAUGAAGAGAGAUCAGAUGCUACGGACGAAACUCCACAAUACCUGGAUGUACGUCAAAAUAACUCAUCCGUACCUCGGACGAAUCCGGCAGAAGUUGCGGGAGGAAAAGGAGCAAGAAGACGUGCUACUCUCCCUCCCCUCCCCCAGUAUCAAGCCCUUGACCCAACAACUGCGGCAAUACCAAGUUAUGAACCAAUAGACGCUGAGCAGGACCUCAAUGAUAGUGGGUUAUAUGAGAAGUUGGAUUUUAGAACCAUGAAAAAUUGCCAUGAGUAUGAUAAUCCUGGGCGGCCUCUUCCUGAAUAUCUCGAGCUUGUAAAUGACACGCAAGUGCCACCUGGAAGUAUUGCGUCAAAUGCACAAACGAAGGGACGUGGGAAAGAUUAUUAUGUACCAAUGGAAAAUGGUGGGUCCAAUAAUGUUUUAAAUCAUUCUACGCCACAUGAUUACGUCCCGAUGGAUAACGAAAUGCGCAGCAAUGCCUUAAAUAACUCUACGCCACAGGAUUACAUUCCAAUGGAUGCAUCGAAUACUUUGCCUGUGACGAGAAGAUCUGAUGGAUCAGCUGCUGAAACAAGUGGCCCAACUUCGUCAGACUAUUACCAAACCAUGGCGAACAAGGGCGGCUUAAGCGAGCAGGAAAGUCCACAGACCUCUCCCCUUGGGGAGUAUUAUUCACCAAUGGCAGAAAAUACUCUUAGUGGAGCAGCGGGUAGCGGAAAUACCCAGGAUGAAGUCAUGUCCAGCAAACUGUGAAAACUGCGUUUCAGAUGAACUCAUUCCGAGAAAUGCUUCUAAACAUUUUCGCAAAUUAAACUUUAUGUCAUUCAACCUGUUGAAGAAGAAUCCGUUGCAGAGAUUUCCUUGUAAAAGAUCAUACCAUUAAGCUCGUUAUUGACGUCAUUUAGGGAACAGAAUUGACAAGGUUGCAAUCUUUAUUCAUUAAGAACGAAAUUAUAUCUCCGCAGAGAAUAUGUCAUUUCACGAAGAUGUAUGAACUUACACAUUUCAGACUGCAACCUACAUUUUGUUUUCAUAAGCUAUAUAAGCUAUACAAUCUUCACAGUAAAG